AUGGGCACCGCCGACGACACCGCACCGCCUCCGGCGAGCUUCUCCGGACGCCGUGCCGCCGUGCCCCCUCCGCAGCCGUUCGUGAGGUCACUGGCGAACACUCUGAAAGAAACUUUCUUCCCGGACGAUCCUCUCCGGCAGUUCAAGGGCCAGCCGGCCGGCCGGAAGGCCGUCCUCGGCCUCCGGUACUUCUUCCCGAUCCUCCAGUGGGGCCCACGCUACACGCUCGACUUCUUCAAGUCUGACCUCAUCGCUGGCGUCACCAUCGCCAGCCUAGCCAUCCCGCAGGGUAUCAGCUACGCCAGGCUGGCCAAUCUCCCGCCAGUCCUCGGCCUAUACUCGAGCUUUGUUCCGCCGUUGAUUUACGCGGUGAUGGGGAGCUCGAGAGAUCUGGCGGUUGGAACGGUAGCCGUUGGGUCUUUGCUGAUGGCGUCGAUGCUAGGUGACGUGGCGAGUCCAGUGGACCAGCCCACACUGCUAGGGUUCAUAGUGGAUUUUUUGUCGCACCCAACCAUAGUAGGGUUCAUGGGUGGUGCAGCUACAGUGGUGAGCCUGCAGCAGCUCAAGGGCAUAUUAGGACUUGACCAUUUUACCCAUGCCACCGAUGCUAUUUCCAUCUUGCGCUCCGUGUUUUCUCAAUCCCAUAAGUGGAGAUGGGAAAGUGCUGUGCUGGGAUGUGUUUUCCUUUUCUACCUCCUAAUUUCAAGAUACUUUAGCAAAAAGAAGCCAAGGCUAUUCUGGAUAUCAGCCAUAGCUCCAUUAACAUCUGUGAUUUUGGGCAGUAUUCUGGUGUAUCUCACCCAUGCUGAGAAACAUGGAGUCCCAGUGAUAGGAUAUUUGAAGAAGGGGAUAAAUCCAGCAUCAAUAAUGCACCUCAACUUUGAUUCGAGGUAUCUGCCAACGGCUAUCAAAACUGGCAUAGUCACGGGCAUUAUUUCUUUAGCUGAAGGAAUAGCCGUGGGCCGAAGUUUUGCCAUGUUCAAGAAUUACAAUAUUGAUGGCAACAAAGAGAUGAUUGCUAUUGGGAUGAUGAACAUUGUGGGCUCCUGUUCUUCUUGCUACCUCACAACAGGGCCAUUUUCACGGUCAGCGGUCAACUUCAAUGCGGGAUGCAAAACUGCAGUCUCGAAUAUCGUGAUGGCAAUUGCAGUUAUGAUAACUUUGUUAGUGUUGACUCCGUUGUUCCAUUACACGCCGCUCGUCGUUUUGUCAUCGAUUAUAAUUGCAGCAAUGCUCGGACUCAUUGAUUACGAGGCCGCCGUUCACUUCUGGCAAGUCGACAAGUUUGACUUUCUCGUGUGCAUGGGCGCAUACGUCGGUAUAGUAUUCGCCAGCAUCGAAGUCGGUUUGGUCAUGGCCAUUGGGCUAUCUAUAUUGAGGGUGUUACUAUUUGUUGUUAGGCCAAGGACUUUGGUGUUGGGGAAUAUUCCAGAUUCCAAUGUUUUUAGAAGUGUUGAUCAAUAUCAAAAUGCAAUUAAAGUGCCUGGGGUUUUAAUUCUUGAAAUUGAUGCUCCAAUUUAUUUUGCAAAUUCCAAUUAUUUGAGAGAAAGAAUUUCAAGGUGGAUUGAUGAUGAAGAAGACAGAAUAAAAUCAUGUGGAGGGACUGGAUUGCAAUAUAUUAUACUAGACAUGACUGCCGUUGGAAACAUUGACACGAGUGGGAUUAGCAUGCUCGACGAGGUCAUGAAAAUCAUCGACCGGAGAGGGCUCAAGCUGGCAUUGGCCAAUCCGGGGGCUGAGGUUAUGAAAAAGUUGAACAACUCGAAGUUUCUAGAAAGAAUGGGCCAAGAGUGGAUCUUCUUGACUGUAGACGAUGCUAUUGGGGCAUGCAAUUACACGUUAAACAAUUGCAGGUCCAAAAUGAACAAUAGUGAUGUAUUAGGAAAAUAUAGUGAUAAUGUGUGA